UCGGCCUCGGCCAGUAAAGAGCAAGAACGGGCAACGAACGCGUCUCACCGCAUUCUCACCGGCACGGCAUCAAGUUUGCUUUCCAUUGCAACAUCGAUAAUUGCACUCGCCUGCUGCACUUCUUACCUAUACCUAUGUUAGCAGCAACUGCUAACCGUUAACACCAACAAUCAUCCGGCUGAUGUGCGUCUGAUUACAAAUAAAUCAUGGACAAUUCAUUCACAGAGCACGUUCUCGAACGUGCGCGUCAACGCCAGAAGAAGCUCGGGCCGUUGCGUGAAGCAAACGUAUCGACGUCUUCACCGAAUAUUACACAUUCGGAACUAGUGCGUACAAGAAAAGAAGUUGUUUCUGAUUCUAUUCUAUUGACUACACCCAAGAUGACAAAGAGCAACUCCAAGACAAAGAUUUCUUCGAAUAUAAGUUCAAGUCCCUCACAGGAAUUCAACACUCUGAAUAUACAGAAGGAUAGCUUGAACAUGGAGAUUCGGUUUUCAUCAGCUGAGAAUGUUAGAGUAGAGGUUGAGAUUCAGAGUGAUGAUGAAACAGGCACACCAAGGGCAAUUGUACAUGAAGUUACAGAAAAUACAUCAACACCAACACCUGCAGAUGAUCCAGAAGGUGAAAAUGAAGAAAACAUGCCUGCUUUAAGAGAAGAAGCCAAAACUAGACUUCAGAGACUUGGCAAAUUAUAUUCAGGUGAUGAAGAUUUGUCUUCGCCUAUUAGUAGAACCGAAGGGAAAUUCCAGAUUGAAGAGCACAAGGAAAAUGUGGCUACACAAAGUUGUAGACCUAAGAAAGGUCUGGGUAAACUUGCAGAGCUUGCAAAUGAUAUUAAUCAAUGGGAAGAUGACAUUACUUCUUCAAGGAAAAAUAUGCAAGAACGUAAAGUGACAACACCCAAGAAAUGGAAACCACCGGCGCCACAACCUCCAAAUAAUCAGAGUCCGAAGAAAACGCAUGGAAAACCACAAGCACCGAAACCACCAGUUGUAACAGCUGUUUCCAAGAAGGAGAAUGAUGUGGAUAAAAGUGAGAAGAGUGCUGGUAAACAAUUGAAGUGGGAUAAAUCAGUUUUGGACACUUUGGAAUCACAAGGCUUUACUCGCACCGAAUCAAAUUCUCGGUUAGUUUACAAAUUUAAAAAUUCACAGGACAAAGACACAAAAGACGCGAUAACCGAGCAAACUGAAGAAGAAAAUUCAACUGAGCAUGAAGUAGUCGUUGAAGAACCUAUUCCCAAACCGAAAAUAACAAAGAAAUUGGAGAAACUUCCAGCGCGUAAAGAAGAAAACUUAGUAACACCGCGUUCGCCAGCGAAAAAUCGCGGCAUUGCAAGCCGUGCGGCGAUGUUUGAACAAAACGCACCGGCUAGUCCGGUGAAAAAAGAAAAAGACCCGGCGUUAUUAAGUGUAUCACAACGCAAAGCACUUUUUGAAAAGAACGCCGGUGAAGCACUGGUGCCGAAAGCUGCGUUUGGUAUGGCAGCGCCGAUAUCAAAAAUCCAGCCAUCACCAAGCAUUAAUAAUGAUUUAAAUAAAAAGGUAGAGUCGCCUGUACCAGCGAAAAAACUCAAAGAAUCUGGUAGCAUUGCAGAGAAGAUUGCAUUGUUGAACAAAGGCGCGAGUAAUGCGACGAUAUCUCAGAAACAAAUCGAAGAUAAAGUCAAAGAAGACCGCCAGAAGGAAAUGGAUGUCCUGUUGAAUAGAUUCAACAAAAACAAACAGGUGGGUAUGCAACCAGUCGACGCCAUUUUAACCGACGAAUCAGAUGAUUCGGUUGACGAAGACGAAACAAGCGAAACAACAGCAAUGAUCAGUUCAAAAUCAGUGGCGAAAGUACUACGGAAGUCUAGUGACAUGCCACCGCCGCCGCCUCCACCUACAGACAACCGAAAAAGUGGUGAAAAACGUCCGAAGUCCGGUGACAGUCUGCAAGUGCAAGCCGUGUUGGGAGAAGUAAAGCGGAUCAAGGUAACACAACCAAAGGACGGGAAAUUAUACCCGUGCCUGUCGGACAUCGAGACCAACACGGAGACGGAGCCGGAAGCGUCGGCAUCACCAUCAAACAGUUCGCUGAAUGAGAGCUACGAGUCGGAGAGUGGCGCCAAUACCAGCCUCGGGCGCGAAGUUUUGAAAGCCAUGUACACACGACAUCAACAAAAUGACAGCCAUAAACGGGUCAGCGAUUGUAGCACUGAGAGUAAUGUGUCUGAUGUCCUGGCUGACAUGAAUGAGUAUUUGAAUGAUAUUGAUUCUGAAGAUAGCAAUGGACCAACACCGUCCAAACAUGGCAAACUUCAAUCACCACAAAAAACACAACCAUCUCAAUCGUUUUGUUAUAAAAAGUUCUCCUCUCCACAAAAAUCGCCGAGUAAAUUCCGAUCGCCAUGCAAAAUUGUCACUUCUCCGAGGCGUGAUUCUGGCUCAAAUCUUCCAACGCAUGUUGUUGAUGGUUCGGAUGUGUUACCACUAACAUACACUGUUAGUUUCUACCGGAAACAACAAACACAAGGUUCUACUCCUGUGAAACAAAUACGACGUUUCCAAGAAGAUGAAGGUGCUAUCCAAGAAGAGGAUAGUGAUAAAAGCAUGGAAGUUGCCGAGAAAAUCGAACAACUUACCCGGGAAGUCAACAAACAACAAUUGGUCAUUUCCCAGGCGAGUAGUGCGCUGAAUUUGUGCAUUUCCACGCCGGAAUUCACCGGAUCCACUGAACAAGUUGAAGCUGAACGACUUUUACUGCUUGCAUCACAUCGAAGACAAGCUGCAAACAUGGAAAUUCAACGGCUGAAAAUUGAGAAAUCUUUGCGCCCUCUAGCGCAACACUCGCAGAACCUUCCAAUUGAGAAAGGCACGCUUGUUAUAAGUAACAUAAGCCUUCCACUGAAGAAAGAAUACACUAAAGCUCUAGCUGCUGCUGGUGGCAGAGGACAUCAUGUUGUGUGUCUGGUAAAAUGCGGUGAACAAAUCGCUGAGACACAACUUGUGUCCACAGUUGCCGGAUCAUCGAAGAAUUUAGACGUUGAAUUGGUUAUUCCUGGACAAGUGAAACUCACUAAUGUUUACAGUGACUUCACGAUGACUUUAGAGGUUUAUUGCCUGCAAGCACAGGAAGAGAUUUUGUCACAUGAAGUAAAAUAUCACAUUGGUAAGAAGGGAAGUAGUAAAAUAACACCGCGUAAGAAUAAAGCAGAGAAUCGAAUGUUGCGACCACCGAAAGAGUCCCCAGCUGGUCCACAAGCAGUGCGCUCGUCUUCUUUCGCUCUGAAUGGUUACAUAAUCUUUUCUAUUCAAGCGAUUAACAAAACGCAAUGGACGCUGAAUCAAAUGCCACCAAUCAGCCCGCUGGAGGGUUCGGUGAGCAUGCGCGUUCACUGCGAGCUUAAUGUCUCCGUUGAACAUCGCGGAUUUCUAAAUAUGUUCGAAGAUGUCUCAGGUUUAGGCGCAUGGCAUCGCAGAUGGUGUUUACUCAAGGGAAAUCUGAUUAGUUAUUGGAAAUACCCAGAGGAUGAGCGUAAGAAAGCCCCAAUUGACACCAUAGAUUUAAGAUCUUGUCUGACGAAGACUGUGGGUCCAGUCAGUCGCGAUAUCUGCGCCAGAUUACACACAUUCCUGUUGGAACGCGAGCGUCCAACUCAAGCCAACGACAAAGAGACGCUCACUGUGAGCUGCCACGGACAUAAAACUAUUAUUAAGCAUUUGCUCUCUGCGGAUACGAAGGACGAGAGGAUUGAGUGGUGUGCGAAUUUGAACAAGUCGCUAAAUGCGCUGCGGAUGUGCGGCGGCGGAAUAAAAUCGACGGACUUUUGAUGUUUCACGCUUUAACCUAAAAUUACACCGCAACGCAAAAUGGCGGUGAAUUUCUACAUGAUGCCUUAUAACCUAACAAAUAAUUGCUUUGAAUCCCUAUUGGGAUUGAUUUUAAUGAUUUACUAACAAAUUUACACAUUAAUCAAGAAUUAUACACCAAAAAACAUCAAAAUUUCUGGUGUUACUUUAAGAUAUACUUAAUAUACGAAUCUUUUUCAAGUUAAACGGACACUGGUACUUGUCAACACCAUCCAACAUGGUUUCAACUUGUUUCAAGUGAUCCUCCAGGUCUUUUUCGCGAUAAUUCACACCAAAUAAAGGAUUCUCUAUGAUCAGAA